AUGGACGUGAGACAUCUGAGUGAUGGCACACUCACCAUUUGUGAUGAGAAAGUUCCAUCGCGGAACGCUGGAGGCGUUGGAUUUGUCGACCGUCUACUGUCCAUUUUGUCGAUUCGCAUGAGAUCCUAUCACUUUGCCUGGUUACCCCUCGACUCCGUCCUCUACAUCACCAUCACCAUCAUCCACUACUAUUCUCCAACUUCAGGUGAUAACUCACAACUAGAUGCCUUUUGCGAGAAUUCGGAGGAAGUCAUCCGCUAA